ACCGUACACCUAAGCCACAGUCGUGUCGAGGUGCGUGGAUAGCUUAGUGCGCGCGCGUUUGAGUGUAUGUUCGGUGUGAAUUUGACGAAAAAAAAAUUAUUUUAAUUGUUAUUUUUCUUAAUUUGGACUUCAUUUAAAAAUCAUCGAAUGAGAAAAUAUUUUAAUGAAAGUUAAACGUGACGAUAUGGGCACGUGACGCUGGCUGCGACAUCGGCUAGUAUGAGCGAGGGUGGCGGGGAGGCAAUGGCCUCUUACGGUACGGCGGGAUACCCGCCGACUCAGCCUGCCACCCCGUCAUCUACAGUGCCGGAAUCCAAGACGCCAGGCCCGGCUCCUGGUCUUCCGCCGUUUAGUUCGUUCUCGGCGGUAGAACUGGCAGAGGGUCUAGGCGCUCGUUUGGGUCCCGGCGACGGCUACGAUCCGACCAACGGUCGCAUUAUGGACAUGCACUGGGAUUAUAAUCCAGACGGACUUCAUCGUCCAGAUCUGUACCCAACAACUAUGAUCAUACCACAACCACAGUCUUAUAGGCCAUGGGAAAGUAAAUUGGAUGGCAGCAAUUCUCAAGACUCCAUGUCGAAAGGAUCGUUUGAUUACCCAUCGUCACCCGCCGGUAGUAAGUUGCCGUCUUUUCAAUCUCAGUUCAACUUUCAAACCGAACAACAGCAACAUCCGGAAACGGUGUCACUAACUACAUUGACGCCAGCAGCUGUAUCGCCUAAUCAAUCACCCGGUUUACCGAGUUUUCAUACAUUGUCAACAGUUAACGUAGCAGCCGCUGCACCUCGGGGCUAUCCAACGUUAGUGCCGGGUAUUCAACAACAAUUUCUCGAUGAUCGAGCCGGUACUAUACAUCUGUUUCAAAGUCCACAGUAUCCACCUCCUCCACCUCCACCACACGCUUUUGCGCCCCAGAACCACCAUCAAAGUACAAUAAUACAAGGCAAUUUUAUGGGAGCGCCACAUCAUCAGUCUAAUCAAGCCACUCUUUUGACAGUAGUGAAGACUGAACCGGUCGCUAUUGUUUCCGCUCAAAUUCCCAGUCAUAUUUAUCAGAACGCUGGCGGUACGUAUAUCGAUUCGGUAAAAAUGGAGGACACUCUAUCGCCGAGAGGCUUGCAAGAAUCGCGUAAAAAAGAACGGAGAAAAGUACGAGCAUCUAGUAUGGAUAGUUCUGUGGAAAGUGAUGGAGUAGGAAGUUCAAGUGUGGAAAGCUCGGGACAGGUAGCUGCGAUUAGUAGUACUGCCGGAUUCAAGUCGCCGCUUGUACAGCACAAUAUAUCAAAUAUGUCUAGUGGAGGAUCCAUGAUGGAUUCUGAUCAUUGCGAGAAUGGUAGCAAUGGACUCGAUAAACAGACUAAGAAGAAACGAAAACGAUGUGGUGAAUGUAUUGGAUGUCAGCGAAAAGACAACUGUGGCGAUUGCGCUCCAUGUCGCAACGACAAAAGUCAUCAAAUAUGCAAGAUGAGGAGAUGCGAAAAGCUCACUGAUAAAAAGCACCUUCUCUAUCUGACCAACGAAUCCUACCCUAGAGGGGAAAAUCGAAGAGGGCGCGGAAAAGGAAGCCGAGCGUCUUAUAGAAACAAGGGAAAUCGUUCAAUAUCUGGAAAUCCGAGUACACCUCAACCAUCCCCCGGACCAACAACUCCGUUAAACGGAGCUCCGAAUUCCCCCGUGAUUAUGAACGAUUCUCAUCACAAUAAUUCGUUAUCUGGAGCUGUACUGACUACGAACGGAAACGGAUUCUACAGUAACCAACCGGUUAGUAUAAUGGAAUCGGAUCCCAAUGGUAUUGCUUUCAGGGAUAAUAGAUUUGGAACACCGGCGACGGUAUGGCACUCAACCGAUGGAAAUGCAUUAGGUUGGACUGCUGUCACUCAAGCUCCUCAACCUCAGUAUGUAGGCCAACAAAUUCAAUUGGAAGAUAUCCGAUACCAUUCGCCUGCAAAUACAUUACAUUAUUCCGCUCAUGCUCCACCGAACGUUUAUAAUCAGCCGGGGUACCAAACGGUAAGUGCGGCUCAAACCCCAACCACCGGUUUUAUUCAAGUGAGCAACGGAUUUGCGCAACAGCCUACCCAAGUUACCACCAGUUCAUUGAUGAACGGCGUAGCACCCACAAUUAAUGGUAACGUCGAAUAUUUAGAAGCUCCCGGUAGAACCGAAUUCACAGUGAACGGAACAUCAAAUUAUAAUCAUAUUCCUCAGACUGGACAAGAUCAUUCACCUACGUCACAAAAUAUGGAUUCAACAAAUGACACAUCUUCCAAAGUUAUAACGCACAAUGGCUUUAGUCAACCUGGUGCGGGAAACGCGAUACCUGGGUACCCACUUCAACAACCUCCCCAAUCACAACAGAGUUUACACAACUCUAAUGGGUACCCAGGUAAGAACGACGGAAAUUCCGUAGGGGAGGAAAGAACCCGAAUUUCAGAUUCUCCAGCUACUGGUGUGUGGGGACAAUCUAACAAUCAAUAUGACCCAUCGCCUCCAUCAUCUGAUAAAAAUAAUUUGAAUAGUAGAAUUAAGUCAAUGAUUUUAAACAAACAACAAUAUCAGCAACAUUAUAUACAAGAUCGUUCUCAAGAUCAACAACAAACACAGCACCAAGUGUCUAGAAGUCCUCAGCAUCAACAAUAUAUUACAGAUCAAUUGAGUCCAAAUGAUCAGAAUAAUCGUCAGCAACUACAUCAACAAGCACAGUUACAAUUACAACAACAAGUUCAACAGCAACAGGCUCAUCAACAAGCUCAACAACAAGCAAAGCAACAAGCACAACAACAAGCGCAACAAAGUGCUGCACAACAUCAGCAAUACUUAAAUGAACAAUAUCAAAAUGAACAAAGACAUAGUCCUUUAGAGCAAAAUAAUCAUGUGAAAAUGCAUCACCAACAAAUGCAACAGCAGCAUCAACAGAUGCAACAACAACAACAGCAUCAGCAGCAACAACAGCAACAACAGCAACAACAGCAGCAACAGCAACAACAACAACAACAAUUGCAGCAACAACAACAGCAGCAGAAACAGCAACAAUUGCAGCAGCAACAACAACAACAACAACAACAGCAUCAUCAAAAUAUGCAGCACAUGCAACAACAAUUACAACAUCAGCAACACGUACAUAGGCAGCAAAUAAUGCAACUGCAUCAAGAUGCAAAAAGUCCUUUAGACCAAAAAGAUCAUCAGCAAUACAUGGUUGAUACUAAACAAAAUUUAAUUAGCAAUAAUUUUUUAGUCCAAGGCCACCAUCCUCGGAGCUUAGCUACUGAGGGUGGUGGCUUUUAUACGGAUAUCAGACGAUAUCCGAAUCACCAUCACCAACAGCAACUUGAACACAUCAACAACCAAAAAUUUAUUAAACAAUCUAAAUUAGAAAUAAAAAGAGAAGCGAAUAAUAUUCCGUAUGAUGCCAGUAUAAAAAUAUUACCUUUUGGAAAUGAUCCCCAAGUAACUGUAAAUAACAAUUAUGUAUUUUGUGACAAUGGUGGACCUAUUUCAGUUAAAGAAGAAGUCGAUCCCUGGUGUCGCCAUUCAGGUGAAAUAGAUACUUCAAAACAUCUAUCUGAUGCAUGUCAAAAGCUAAUAACUCAAGAUGAAUUUAUAGAUCACGGUGAAAUUAAACAAGAAACCACUCCCAAUAGUUCAUUUACUUACGAUCAAGAAGAGAAAUUAAAAAAUACUGUAAAAAAUCAAGUUUCGGAGUGCGACUGUUUCCCAGAUGACCAAGCUCCGCCCGAACCAGGUCCUUUUUAUACGCAUCUUGGUUCUGCGUGUAAUUUAACAGAGUUAAGAAAUAUCAUGGAAACCAUGUCUGGUAUAAAAGGAAAAGGAAUUCGAAUGGAAAAGAUCUUAUACACGGGCAAGGAGGGUAAAACAGCACAAGGAUGUCCACUAGCCAAAUGGAUAAUACGACGAUCAUCGACUGAAGAAAAAAUUUUAUUGGUCGUUAAAAAUCGCAAAGGACACAAGUGUGAACAUUCUUGGAUUGUUGUGUGUAUAGUGGCAUGGGAAGGUGUUUAUUCUGAUGAAGCUGAUUCUUUGUAUUCAAUGCUUUCCAUCAAGCUUAAUAAAUUUGGAGUACCUACUACUAGACGAUGUGGUACAAAUGAUCCACGUACGUGUGCGUGCCAAGGAUUAAAUCCAGAUAAGUGUGGGGCUUCAUUUUCCUUUGGAUGUUCUUGGUCUAUGUAUUACAAUGGUUGUAAAUAUGCUAGAAGUAAAGAUGUGCGAAAAUUUAGACUGUCCGUCAGAUCUGAGGAACAAGAAUUAGAGGAAAAAUUGCAGUCAUUAGCCACGUCAGUUUCGCCGUUAUAUAAGUCAUUGGCACCACGGUCAUUUAGUAAUCAAAUUCAAUGUGAACGUGAAGCUUCUGAUUGUCGACUUGGAUUUAAACCAGGUCGACCUUUUGCAAGUGUAACUGCUUGUAUUGACUUUUGCGCUCAUGCUCAUAGAGAUUUCCACAAUAUGAAUAAUGGAUGUACAGUGGUUGUCACAUUAACUAAACAUCGUGGUUUGGAAAAACCUGACGAUGAACAACUACACGUUCUUCCUCUAUAUGUCAUCGAUAAUUCGGACGAAUUUGGAGACGAGCAAGCUCAAAGCGAUAAAUUCAAAAACGGGUCGAUCGAAAUGUUAUCUAAAUUUCCUUGCGAAGUGCGAGUCAGAUCUGUGCCACUUACUCCAUGUCGAAAAAAAAAACAAAAAAAUUUUGAAGGUGAAUCACCCAAGAAAAAACAAUCUAACUCUUUGUCACAAAAAAAAGAGAAAACUUAUGAUGCACAAGUCCAAAGUUCACAGGUUUCUUCAACAGUUAUUGACAGCCCAACAAUGAGUAUGUAUCAGCAUUGGAACCAACAAGGUCUUUUGGGACAGAGUUCAGCUCCUGAUUUUUACAGCAGUCAAGAAUAUAGUAAUUUAAAUAGCCCAAUAACAAUUUACUCGAACAUAAUGAAUAAUACCGAUUCAAAACUUCAUAGUCGAUCUUUGUCAAAUGACUACAAUCACGUUCGGAAUCUAUGGCCACCUGUUGGGGGUGGUUUGCCUGGUGGUAAACCUAUAAAACCGGAGUUAGGGAGUAUUUCACCGUUGCUUCAAAAGCCUUCUAAUUAUUGUAACCAAUCUACCAGUUAUGAGCAAAACAAAGUAGCAACAAUCGAGGUGACGAAUAUCAACAAAAAUAAUUAUUACAAUAAAUCUAGUCAAGUCCGACCUAGUCUGACACAUGUGGCUACUCCACAAAAUGUUUCACAUGGUAACUCGCUCAUUCGACACCCUUCGAACUUAUAUCAACCAAUGAUGGCUGAUCACCAUUAUUGGCCAACCUAUCUUAAUGUUAUGCCGCAGCAAUUCUAUCAUCAAGACUCAACAAUUAUGUACGAUCAGGGGAUGUCUCAAUACCAGCUUCAAAAGUGGGAUUUAUACGGACCGACACCGUACUUCCCCUCAGUUGUUGCACCUGCUGAAACGGCAACACAUAAACUUGAUUCCCUAGGUGAAGUGACUGAUUUCAUUGAAAACAAAGAAUGCUUUAAAGAUCCCGAAAUGGGUGGAGUAGCUAUUGCCCUUAGCCAUGGUUCUGUGCUCUUCGAAGUAGCAAAACAUGAAUUGCAUGCUACCACGGCGCUGCGGAAACCAGACCGGUUACAUCCAACUAGAAUAAGUUUAGUUUUUUAUCAGCACCGUAACCUGAAUCGACCAAAUCACGGAUGGGUCGAAUGGGAAGAAAAAAUGAAGGUGCGAAAAAUGGGAUCUACUACUUGUAACAACACUACUGCGAAUGCGUACACUCAAACAGCAGGAGACCCGACAUUGGCCACAAAUACAACGACAACGUGGACAACAUUAUUCCCCAUGCAUCCGUGUAUGGUAACUGGUCCAUACCAGGAAAAGCCGUCAAAAUUUUGUUGAGUAUCGCAGUGAUUUUGUCCCCUGUUUUAUUAUUAAUACUAUUAUUAUUUCUUUUUAAUUUAUUAUUCUUUUCUUUUUCUUGAAUUCCACUGAAUGCCAAAGAUGCUAAAGUAAUAACGUUUUAUAAUUGAAACGAAAAUUUAAAUUUAAUUACUCAUUACGAUUAAGGAAGAUAACUAAAUGGUUUUAAUUAUCAAUUUUUAACCACAAUUUUUGUUGUCAAUUGUUUUACUUUUUGUUUUAAUUUAUUUUUAUUUUUUGUAUAUAUUAGACAAUUAAGACCCUUCUUAAAAAAAUAUAUAUUGUGUGUAUUAUUUUUAUAGAUACUUUUUUCGCGUAUGAUUCCAAAUACUUAGUGUUUUUAUUUUUGUACUUUAAAUUAUCACGUUUACGUGUAUGUAUAUAAAUUAUCAUUGAUGUAUUUGAGAUAUAUUAAACAGUUCUGAUAUUUUAUGAACUGAAAAUGUCAAGUUUGGUUGUAAAUCGCCAACUUUAUCGCCCACAAGUUUUAAAUGACUGAUUUAUCAGUUCCCUAUAUUUUGAAAUGUAAUUGUAAUGUAAUUUGUGUUCAUUGAAGAGAUCUCUACGGUCGUUACUAAAAACCCACCCGACUUAUUAGUUUUAGAAUAAAAAAUUCAAGUAAACUUACUUUAAAAUCAGAAUUAAAAAUAUGAAAUACAUGGAAUUUGACUGAUUAGGAGGUAGUUUAUCUAUCAUAGGUAUAUAGUGUGUGAAUUUCUUAGUAUUAUAGAAACACUUAUAAAUUAUAAGUCAUAAUCAUAGUAUAAUGUAUACUCAAACGCUCAUAAAAUUUUUGUAAUAAUUUUUAUUUAGAAUAAUAAAAUGUAUACAUUUUUGUAAAAACAGUGAUUCAACAUGAACAGUUUCACUAUAAAUAUUUUAAAUAAAUGAUUAAAUUUAUAUAAAUAAUAUAUAAAUAUAUAUUUUUGGAAGACUUUUUUUUAGGGAAAAAAUAUAUGAAAAUUUAAUUAUAUGUUAAAUUUCAAAUAAAUAUUUUAAGAUGUUGCAAUUUUUGUAUUCUAAACGAAAAAUAAUGAUGUUAAUUGAAUAUUACUAAUUAUUAUUGUGUGUUUCAUGACAGAUCUAAGUCAUAUUUUAUGAUUGUGGUAGUAUGUCAUGUAAUUUUAAUCGAACCAUUGGUGAAGUUAUCGAGCACUGAGCUUUUUUAAACGAUGAGUACAAAAAAAUAAUGUUUUUAUUUUAUACCUAACAUUAAACAAUUUUUCACAUGAAAUUUCAUUUUAUUUUAAAUUUUCUACAAAACAUUUUUCUCGUUAAAAAAGCCUGUCUUCCAAUGUGUUUUUUGUUUGUUUUGAACCGGUAAAUAAUUUCUAGUUUUUAUGUAUAAAUUAAUUUAAUUAUAUUAUAAUUGUAUUUUUUUUUUUUUUGUAAUCUUAUCCCUAUUUAAUUUAAUUUAUUUUAAGGCUUAUUUAUAUACACCAUCAAGAAACUAUUGAAUUUAGCAUUGUAAGUUAAUCGAAUGUACCUACCAAUGAAUUUCUCUUGAAUAAAGAGUUUGUACACACUUAUAAAAUA